AUGGGCCCCUGUACCGCCUCCUCAUGCUGCUGCCAGGCCCGUAAUCUGCCAUGGGCCCCCGUACCGACUCCUCAUGCUGCUGCCAGGCCCGUAAUCUGUCAUGGGCCCCUGUACCGCCUCCUCAUGCUGCUGCCAGGUCCAGAGUGUGUCAUGGGUCCCUGUACGGCCUCCCAUUGCUGCUGUCUCCAUCGCCACACUCUGCCAUGUGCCACUUUCAGGUCUCCUCCUCACACUGCUGGUGGGUUCCAUUUUGUCAUAGGGUGCUGGCAGAUUACGGGCCUCCCAUUGCUGCUGCCAGGCCCGUAAUCUGCCAUGGGCCCCCGUACCGACUCCUCAUGCUGCUGCCAGGCCCGUAAUCUGUCAUGGGCCCCUGUACCGCCUCCUCAUGCUGCUGCCAG